UUGACUCUCACUCAUCACUCCUCGCAGACAGGAGAGUUUUCAGCUCAGCUCACUGCAAACAACGACUCUUUAUUAGUUUCUGUUUCAGGUUGUGAAACACAGCCUUCGGGGACUCAACAACGGUCCCAUCUCUGUGGAGCCAUAGAAUUGUCUUCAGCAUCUGCUUGGUGUGUGCCAUCCAGGCUUCUCUACUGCUCUGUUUCCCGAUUUUUGUGAGCCUAGGAGGUGCCCGGGCUCCCUCUGGCUCUAGCUUCCUGGCUUUCACCAUCUACCCAAAGCAUCUGAAGCUAUGGGGUGCCGACUGAGGCAGGAUACACCGCGAACCAGGUGUCCACUUCUCGGGCUCAUUCAUCUCUUUGUGCUGCCGGUUGGUCUUUUUCUAAUGUCUACAGGUGCUAACAGAGUGUCCAAGUCGGUGAAAGAAAAGGCUUCACUGCCCUGUGGCUACAACUACUCUGUUGAUGAGCUGACCAGACUCCGGAUCUACUGGCAGAAAGAGGGGAAAGUGGUGCUGAGCUACGUCUCUGGGGAUAAAGAAGUGUGGCCCCAAUAUAAGAACCGGACUUUAUUUGACAUCACGGACAACUUCCGUCUUAUGAUCCUGCGACUGCUCCUUUCAGACAGCGGCAAGUACACCUGUGUCGUUCAAAGGCUAGAAAGUGGGUCUUACAGACGGAAGCACUUGGCUUCUGUGGAGCUGUUGGUCAAAGCUGACUACCCAACCCCUAAUAUAACUCACUUCGGAAAUCCGUCUGCGGACAUUAGAAGAAUAAUAUGCUUCACCUCUGGAGGCUUCCCACAGCCUACCCUCUCCUGGUUGGUAAAUGGAAAAGAAUUAAGUGGCAUCAAUACAACAAUUUCUCAGGAUCCUGAAACUGAACUGUACACUGUCAGCAGCCAACUGGAUUUCAAUAUGACAUCCAACCACAGCAUUGUGUGCCACGUAGCGUAUGGAGACUCUCAAGUGUCAAAGAACUACACCUGGGAAAAACCACCAGAAGCCCCUCCUGAUAGAAAUCACACAACCACAAUCUUAACAAUUGGGCUAGGAGCCCUUUCUGCAAUACUUAUAGCAAUCUGUGUUAUGUACAGAUGUUUCAGAAGAAGGAAUGAGGCAAGCGAAAGAGAAAACAACAUCAUUUACCUAGGGCCUGUAGAAGUAUCAACCGAACAGAAUGUCUGAAGGUCUCCCCUACUUUUGCCACCGGCCUCUUCUGUAAAUGUCUUCAGGAAUCUAAGACUACCCAACAGUGCCUUGCAAACAUGUGUUCUCUAGGCGACGCCUCUCCAGUGUUUUGCAGAAGACCAGAGAGGGAUGUAACAUAUACUACAGUAGCCCUGUAGAUCUUGAGAAAGCAGUUUAGAGACUGAAUUCUUUGUCUGGAAGGGACAUUGGGGAACACUAGCACAUCUACCCAACUACCAUAGACCCGCGCAAGGUUUUAAAGUAGGAUACACACACACACACACACACACACACACACACACACACACACGCCUGGUGUUUUAAGAUAGGGUCUUACAGUGUUGCUCAAGGUGAUGUAGAAGUCACUAUGUGGCCCAGGUAGGUUUCAAACACGCAGCAAUCCCCCUGCACUAACUAGUGCCAGAAUGACAGGUGUGAGCUACCACACUUGGUAGAACACUAGUUGUAUUAAUGAAGACACUGAGUGAGGCUCCAGGAGGGGACCUGAAUUUUGAAGGUGAGUCAGAAUCCAGACUUCCUGGCUCUACUGCUCUCAACCUUCCUCAAUUAGACCCUAAGCUCUGAGCUCGUAGAUAAGCUAAUUAAAAUGCUGGUGUAAUUUGCCUAGCAUCUAUGAGGCUCUAGGUGCUUUUUGUUUGUUUUUGGAGAUAGGGUCCUUCUAUGUAUCUCUGGCUAUCCUGGCACUCACCUUGUACACCAGGCUGGCCUUGAACUCAGAAACUCCUAUGUCUCUGCCUCCCUAGUGCUGGGAUUAAAGGCAUAUGCCACCACUGCCCAGCUGUUUGUUCUCCUAAGGCCUAUUGGGCCUAGUGUAAUUUGUAGGAAAUAUUUUGGUAUGUAUACCCAUACAAGGGUAAUAAAAAUAUUAGUGAUUUUAAUUCUGCAUUUUUUUCAUGUAUUUUCCUUUCAUUUUCUCGAGUUCAAGAGAAAACAGAAUGAUCAAACAUGAAUUUUUUUUUCUGAUAGCUAAGAUGAAUGUAUGUCUUUCAAACCUCAAAGCAAAAGUCAGGUUGGAGGCACAGUUCAUUGUCUACUAGUUCAUAUUGGACUGGCAAUCUCUUUAGGCUAGUUUGCCCCUUUACAUAAUACUUGAGAAAGUUCUCAUUUAAAAUGAGAUUAUUUACUAAGUAGUAAUCUAUCUUCACAUAAAUGACUGAGGUGAUACUAGCCUUCCAUAGAACUUCCAGACACCUUGAAGUGGUUUUUGCUCCUUGGUAUUUCUUGAUCUGCAACCAAUGGAGAACUGAGAAGUAAUACGUAAGUCAGACACAGUAGCACACACCUGUAAUUCCAGCACUUGGGGGUGGAGGCUGAGGCAGGAGGAUUGAAUUCCAGGCAGCAUGGGUUGCAUAAGACCAAGACCCACCUUCUCCCUGACCCCUAAGGAAGGGAAAACAAGAAGUAGCCACUGCCACUUCUACGUUGAAAGUUCCCUUUUCUCUGAAAUUGUCAUCUACAACUUACACGAGGGCAGGAGUGGAUUUGACUUCAGGCAAGACCAUCAGAUAUUCUCAUUUGAAAAUUUGGGUUUGAACAUCAAAAGGCAGCCAAGUCUCUCAAUGUGGCUGGAUGCUUCAUUUUAAGGACUCUGUUGUACUGUCCAAGAAAUGGGCCCAUUUUUAUAUGGCUGCUCUCAGAACAAGUCACCAAAGAAGAUAAAAGCAUUGGACUGGCAAGAAGCUGACAAAACAUUGGAAGCAAACCCAAACAAGAGCAGGGGGAAGCUGCUGCAUCUAACUAAGACUCAGUGAUCAUUACGCUGACCAAAUGAGACAUCAAAAAUAUUAAGUGAUAAAAAGGAACAAUCUAUGGAGCAACUUAGGAAGUAAGCUGUAUUAAAUUAUUGACUACUAUAUUUGAUAAAUGUUUUUUAGAGGUAUACUUUGAUUUUAUUACUCAGAUAUUUUUAGGUUAAAAGUAAAAUUAUUUUUAAAAGCGA